UGUCGAUUUAGCAGCAACAAUGAAUUAAUUGAACUGUGCUCCAGACCCAUGUGAAGAAUGCCCCUAAUGUCAGACGAGUGACAUGUGCCCGGUCAUGCCAGAUUUUGAGUCGAUUUCGUGGUUCGUUAUAAGUAACGGGCGUACCAUUGUUCUUAUAAUAUAUCUAAGUUUGCUACACUAUAAUACUAAUGGUGUCACGUUUUUACAGAGUGGGCAACCGUGCAAGCUGCUUUUUCCGCUUGCUGCCCCCCCCGGAUGGGUUGUCGCCGCUCAUCAUCCGCGAAUGCUUAUAAAACGACCUGAUGCAACCGUGUAUGGGCGAUGCUGAUGCUGGGGUGAGAAAAUACAUGAUGGAUAGAUGCCGUGGACGCGGAAUGUGUUCGUGUCAAUGUCCGCCCCGACCCAGAAGCCGAGCUUCGGUGGGUGGUGGGCGCUACUCCCAACAUCCUUAGCGGUGCUGUGACC